GGAUUUCCCAGUCCCAAUGUGAUGACACAAGCACAACAGCAGAGGCAUUCGAAUUGCUCGUCUCAGAUGGAAACCAUUUCCGAUUUCCCUUUCUCCUCUGAAUAAACAAUCUCCUCCUCAGCUCCGUGGCUGAAUCUGAGAUGGAUUAAUUUCAUUCCGCAAAUAAUUAGGUUUAAAGGAAUGCUAUCGAGACUUUGGAUGGAAGGAAACCAAGGGGAGGAGGAGGAGGAGGAGGAGGAGGAAGAGGCAGGGAGUGCUUCCUGGGCGGCGAACGGCAAAGGCGCCAUGGAAAUGGGAAUGGCAGCCGCUUCAUCAUUCAAUCCCUUGCGCGACGACGUUGAAGCUGCAAAUUGGUACGGCGGCGCCGGCGAGCACCUUCUCGAUUCCUCCGCCUCUUGUUCUCCGUCGUCCGCCCCAGCUUUCAACAAUUUCGGUGGUCCUGAGGUGAGCAAUUACUCGACGCCAUUUAUCCCCAGCAACCCCUUCGAUUUAGGGUUUGAGAGUGGCUAUUUUGGGGUUGGUUUGAAUUUAAAUAGGGAUUUGGGUGGGUUAAUUGGUGCGGUUUGCAACAAUGAUUUAGGGUUCCAAUCGUAUGUAGGCAGUAGUCUCAAUAUAAGCCCCCAAUUUGGAUGUCAAUUGGGGAGGGUAGGAUUUGGGGAAUUAGGGUUUGGAGAGGCGCCAUUAAUGCAGGGGAAUCCAUUGCUGUUCAAUAGACCUUUGCUUCUCAAUCAGCUUGAUGAUAAUGUCACCUCAAUCGGGUCACAAUUACAGCCAACUCUGUUUCAGAAGAGAGCAGCUAGUAGAAGGAAUCUUGCAAAUAUCAAUUUAGGGUAUUUGAAUGGUGAAUUUGAUCACAUUUUUAGGCUGCAGAGGGCAGAUAAGAAUGGUGAGUUUGUUGGUGAAGGGAAAAUGACUGUGGAUAAGAAUGUUCUGAUCGACGACGGGGACGGAGACAACUCCCGGGUUUUGAGGGAUGAUGGUGUGAGUUUGUUGGAAGAGAGUGUUGGGAAUGGCGAGAGUAGCUCGCAGGCAAAUAGCACAGUGACGGGCGACAAUGGCAACGGGAAGAUGAAGAACGGGUACAAGGCUAAGAACUUGAUGGCCGAGAGACGGCGCAGGAAGAGGCUUAAUGAUAGGCUGUAUAUGUUGAGAUCCAUUGUGCCCAAGAUCAGCAAGAUGGACAGGGCAUCGAUACUAGGGGAUGCAGUCGAGUACUUAAAAGAACUGACGCAGAAGAUAAACGAUCUUCAAACUGAAAUGAAUUCGAAUUCAAAUUCAAAUUCGACUUCGACUGCCAGUAGCUCUUUCAUUGCUCCAAUGAUCAAAGAGGAGCUUAGCCCGCGGGCAUUUCCGAGUAUGCUGUCAAGCACAACUGGACAACCCGCUAGCGUUGAGGUUAGGGUAAGAGAAGGGAAAGCCGUGAACAUUCAUAUGUUCUGCGGCUUGAGGCCGGGGCUGCUGCUGUCCACCAUGAUGGCGAUGGAUAGACUCGGGCUUGACAUUCAACAGGCUGUUAUUAGCUGCUUCAAUGGGUUCGCCAUGGACGUUUUCCGAGCUGAGCAGUGCAAGGAAGGUCAAGAUCUGAAUGCUGAUCAAAUAAAGGCACUACUCUUGGACUCAGCUGCCUGCCAUGGAAUCAUGUGAACAAAGCUCAGAUAUAUAUAUAUAUAUAUAUAUAUUUCGACAAGAAUUCAAGUCUGUAAGAGAAAGGGGAGUCCCCAAACCUGUCUCUGUUCAAAUAUCUUCCAUCACUGUUUUCUUUCAUUGAAUUAGGACAACUUCUUUGAAGCAAUGGAACCUGCAUGCUGUUUUCUCUAGCUUAUGUUAUGAAUGUA